GUAAUACACAACGCUGCUAGUUCAUAUACAUUACAUGUGUUCGACCGCUGAUACUGUCGAGUGAGGGAGCAACAGAUGUUCAAUUCCUCGGCGGUCUACAAACUCUCGUCUCUCAUGGCCACUAAACCCCACACCAUCCGCCGCAUUGCUGACCCUUCCCUGCUGGCCGCCGCCGCUGCCAACAAGAAGCCGCGGACCAUGGCCACCGCCUCCUCCGCUGGUUCCGAGACAAAUCCCAUGAAGGAGGCCUUUUCCAAAUACGCAACUUACCUUAAUGAUCUGAAUGAAAAGAGAGAACGGGUUGUGAAAGCAAGCCGUGAUGUGACUAUGAAUAGCAAAAAGGUCAUAUUCCAGGUGCAUAGAAUGAGUAAGCACAACAAGGAAGAAGUUUUGGAGAAAGCUGAAAAAGAUUUAGCUGCCGUGAUGGAUCAACACGUGUCACGCAUAGUAAAAGAGCUGCAUGGAACAGACUUUUGGAAGCUUAGACGAGCUUAUUCCCCUGGGAUUCAGGAAUAUGUUGAAGCUGCUACACUCUGCAACUUUUGUAAAAAUGGUACACUUUUGAAUCUUGAUGAGAUCAAUACUUCGUUGCUACCUCUAAGCGACCCAUCUUUGGAGCCUUUGCAGAUUAAUGUGCUUGACUAUCUAUUGGGGAAGUGGGCAAUCACUUUUGUACCUUUUAGUGGUUACAAAUUCGCCGUUGAUCGCCUGGCGGACUUGACUGGGGAGCUCAUGAGGUUGGCCAUAGGUAGGAUAUCAGAUGGUGAACUCCACUAUGCUCAGAAAAUCUGCAGAUUUGUGCGUGAAAUCUAUAGAGAGCUCAGUCUUGUUGCUCCAAAGAUGGAUGACUCGUCAGACAUGAAAACAAAGAUGGAUGUCAUGCUUCAGAGUGUUAUGAAGAUUGAAAAUGCUUGCUUUAGUGUUCACGUCAGAGGAUCAGAGUAUAUCCCAUUUCUUGGAUCAGAAGAUGCCAACUUCUCUUUGUUGGGAUUGUCCCGUGAUGAAUGAUGAAAAGCCUAUAAAAUGCCAAAAUUGUCCUAACAUUUUCUAGCUGCAGUGUUUAAAACUGAAAUCCAAAGGAGAGAACCUUAUCGUAGAUAAUCUCAGACACUAGCAACAUAACUAAUUUUCCUUAUCGUGUAAUUUGCUCGUGCAUUUUUCUUUUCGUAUUUCGUUUGGAUCUAAUGGCACGAACAUUUAUUUUGCACAAUGAAAUGGGCCUGUGCAUGCCUUCUCUCUC